AUGGAUCAAAUCAUCUAUGGUAAUAAUGAUGAUUCAACUAUAAAAUUUCCACAAGGUUAUGGUCAAUCAUCUCGAUCUUCUUCCCAACCCGAAGGCAACACUCACGACUCAGAGGAGGAUUUAGAGGUGGCAAAUCACCGACAAUUGUUUGGAGAUGCACCAGUCGAUGAUGUCACCAUGACCAAUCGACCAGAUUUGGUUUCGCCUGAACAUGACCAGACCGACCGUGUUUGUGCAGAUCUACAAAAAAAGCUUGCACUCGAUGCCAAUCAUUUGAAGAUCGCCCUUCUUACUAGCAAGUGCCCCCCGGAAGAAAGACAUGCAAACGUAGUCUUUGCUAAUGCUGCAUUCCAUCAGCUUGAUGCAGAAAAGCACAACAGUCCGGUUGUGCAUGCAUACAAUGAUGCAUUGAAGGAUUUUGUCAGGAUGAAAGCUCGGAUGUUUUUACUCAUCCCCAGCCUUGAGGCAUACUCAAACAACCCCCACAAAGACGGGACUCUUUCAAAAUCAUUAUACUAUCUCACCCUGGAUGCUCUUGAGAAGAAGUCCGAUGACUGGAAGGAGGAUCACCUCCCCCCAGCUGUGAUUCAAGGAGACUCGGCUGCUCUUGAACUUCUCUCAAAUGUUCUCGAGACCCAAAGGAUUUUGAUCAAGGGGGAUGUUCCUGACCGAGACAGUAUGCUUGCUUCCUUCUUACUGUUGGGUAUUUAUGUAGAUUUAUGCCAAUCUCCCACCAAACAACGAAAAGAUGUCCAAAACACAGAUCAAGACUCAAGUUACUACGAAUGCUCCGAUGCGAAUUCGAAUGGUCUAUGCAAGGCUAGUAAUGGUCUAUUACUAUGUUCACAUGCCAAACAAGCCAUCACAGUGGGUCGAAAUCGACGAAAGAUUGUGAUUCCUUCGAACUUCAUCGAAAGAUUCCAACAAGCGCACGCACACCUUGUCUUCCUGAAAGAUGACGAGAUGUUCUCCCACAAGAAGAGAUUCAAACUGAUCCUUGAAGAAUUGAGGGAUGCGCUUGUUGUCCCCACUCUCCAUGAUGUUUGA